CAGUCACAGUGCAGCCAUAUAAAAUGGUCGGCGGUGAAAUGCGAGCACUUGGCUUCAUAGAAAUCUAGGCUCAUCUUGGAAAGUCUUAGCUACUUGCCUAUAGAAGUGGAUAUACAGGGAGCCCAGAUCAGGACGAUUUGCGCAGUGGCCAGAGACAUGAGUGCGAUGACAUCAGAAAGUAUUGCCUCGCUAGAGCCCCUGGAUGAUGUUGCACGCAGAGAAUUAGGAGAAACACCUGCGGUAAAACAGACGGCUCUGGAAGAGUUGCGCCAGCUUAUUUCAGGUGACCCAUCGCUGAACUGCCCGACGGAUGACGACUUUCUGGUCAAGUUUCUGCGAGCCCGCAAGUACGACACGCAGUUCGCUUUCGAGAACAUCAAGAAAUACUUCAAGGUUCGAAGGGACAGACCGGAACUGUUUGAAGACCUAACUCCGAGCAGCAUCCCUUUCGACGUCGUCUGCCGCAAGCAUCAGCUGCUGACGGUGUCGCGCCACACGGAUCCACUGGGAAGAAUGGUUUUUCUGACGAAGAUCGGUUCCUGGAACAGCGAGAUCUGCUCACUGAACGACUACUUCAGAGUGGGCUUAGCCCUCUGCGAGUACUUCCUCCUUCGGGAAGAUUUUCAAGUUAGAGGCAUCGUGGCCAUUGUAGAUUUAAAGGGCCUCAACGUCUACCACCUGCCUUACUACACACCUUCUGUUAUAAGAACGCUCGUCAGUCUUGUACAGGACUGUUUUCCCUUGCGCCUGAAGAAAGUCUACAUUAUCAACAAUCCUCCAAUCUUUGACUUUUUAUUUGCAAUUGCCAAGACCUUCCUUAAAGCAAAACUUGCGAAACGGAUUCGCCUUUUUGGCUACAAUUUGACAGAAUUGCACCAACUUGUGCCAGAUGACGUCAUUUCGAAGGAACACGAAGGGGCGAACGAAAGCUUCAAUUACGACCAAUUGGAGAGGGAGUUGAAGACUGCGGAGAAUUUCUUCCAGGCACUGAGUUCUUACGGAUACCGCGAGACGUUGUCGACAAAAAUGACGCCUGAGCCAAACGGCGCUCUCGCUGACGAGGAACUAAGUGAAGAUUACGUGCAUCUUUAACCACUCUGUGAUCUAAUGAAGCUUCAUGUGGCCUUUGGGUUGCGAAAAUUGAAAGUCAUGCGCAAGUGUUUGUUCAUUUUUUGCAUUCCCCACUUGUCGCGAACGCAGCUUUCAUAUGAUUAUCUUUACUAAGCUUCCCCCACCAUAUAAUGGCAGCGUGUUACCAGACCUUUUUCCUUGUAGGCCUCACUGGCUCUUCUCUUUUUUUUUUCUUCUCGCUCUCUCCACCUCCCAUUUGCCUAUGUUGGGGCCCAGAAAUUAAGCUAACAUUUAUUCCUAAAUAUACCUAACGUUAUUUUUCACGCUCUCUCCCUCUCCCAUUUUCUUAUGUUGGGGCCCAUAAAUUAAGCUAACAUUUAUUCUUACGUAUACUUUACGUUAGCCAGCGUUGUUGACACCAUUUUCGGUAGCUCUUUCCCACGAAGCCAGAUUUCACUUGGGACAAGACUUCACUCGCUGGUGACCAAGUUGAAGUGCGACAAAGUGUGGUACUCACCCGUUGUCAUCACAGCAGCAUCCAUCAGAAAAGGGACAAUAUGGCAUGUCCUCUUUCCUUUUUUGUUAAUGAUUUUGCAUCUGCUGGAGUGCGCACUUCUUGCAAACAGGCAAGGUCAGUGCUGCAGAAAGACCGUGCGGAACACAAACUAGUGUUCGAGGAGACCAUCAAGCCUUAUAGGUCCCGAUACCCUGCUUGAACUACAUUUGCUUCGAUCAUAAGCGAUGUCUAGUCGCCCUGGCUAGUGUUGUAUUAUGAUGUAACUGUUGAUGUAAUGAUGUACCUGAUGCCCAGUUACAUCACUUAGGAAACAGAAUGAAGAUGUCGAGGAUUUCAUGCCAACUGCUGGCACAAUUUGUAUCUUCACUGCAACUCGGCGAGUAAAAAAAUCUUCAAUAGACAGAA